AAUCAGGACAUGGAGGCAAUACGCAGUGUUCUCGGUUUAGAGUGGAUAGACGGCAGGGGUAUUUUGGUAUUUUUCUUCGUCUUUCUGCUGCUGAGCGAUGUUUUGAGGAACCGAAAACCAAAGAACUUUCCUCCUGGACCUCUGGCUCUACCAUUUAUUAGAGAUCUUCACCGCAUCAGACCUGCAAGACUUCACCUGCAGCUCACAGAGUUUGCAGAAACAUAUGGAGACAUUUACAGCCUCCAUCUGUUUGGUGGCAGAGCUGUGAUCAUAAACGGCUACAAACAUGUGAAAGAGGCGCUGGUCCAAAAAGGAGAAGACUUCAUGGAUCGUCCCAACAUUCCACUUUUUGCUGAUUUUUUUAAUAAUAAAGGUCUUGUGAUGUCAAAUGGUUAUCAAUGGAAGGUGCAGAGGAGGUUUGCUCUUCAUACGCUCAGAAACUUUGGUCUAGGAAAGAAGGCCAUGGAGCGAUACAUCCAGCAAGAGUGCCAGUAUCUCAAUGAGGCUUUCUCAGAACAGCAAGGCAAGCCUUUUAAUGGCCAGGCACUGAUAAACAAUGCUGUAUCUAACAUCAUCUGCUGCUUGGUCUUUGGGAAUCGCUACGAAUACAAUGACAAACAGUACCAAACUAUUCUUCAGUACUUCAAUGAGGCAGUUCGCUUACAGGGAGAUUUGUCAGUUCAGAUUUAUAACUCGAUCCCCGGAUUGAUGAGGUGGCUGCCUGGAUCACAUAAAAAAAUAUUCAUGUUCCUACAGAAGCUUGUUGACUUUGUAGAAAUUCGGAUCAAAGAACACAGAGAGAACCUUGACCCCUCAUCUCCAAGAGACUACAUCGACUCCUUCCUGAUAGAAAUGGGAGAGAAAGAGGACAAAGAUUCUGGUUUUGAGCUCAGCAAUUUAUGUGCUUGCACUCUGGACCUGUUUGGUGCUGGAACUGAAACCACCACUACCACUUUACACUGGGGGCUGCUGUACAUGAUCUACUAUCCUCAGAUACAAGAGCGUGUCCAGGCCGAGAUCGAUGCUGUGAUUGGUCCGUCCAGGCAGCCCUCUGUGGCUGACAGAGAAAACAUGCCCUACACUGAUGCAGUCAUUCAUGAGAUGCAGAGGAUGGGUAACAUCGUCCCCCUUAACCUGCCUCGCAUGGCUAACAAAGACACCACUCUGGAUAAAUAUUCAAUCCCAAAGGGAACCAUUAUUAUACCCACACUUCACUCUGUCCUCCAAGAUAAGUCAAUAUGGGAGACUCCACAGACCUUCAAUCCUCAACACUUUCUGGACCAGGAUGGUCAAUUUAGGAAGAGGGACGCCUUCAUGCCUUUUUCUACAGGUAAGCGUGUGUGCCUCGGGGAGCAGCUGGCCAGGAUGGAGUUAUUCCUCUUCUUCACCUCCCUCCUUCAGAGGUUUACAUUCUCAGCUCCUGCUGGAGAGGAGCCCAGCCUGGAGUUCAAACUGGGAGCAACUCGCUCUCCCAAGCCUUACCGCCUCUGCGCUACACCUCGUUAAACUAAGCACGGUUUCUCUGUUAAUGUAUAAACCAUGGAGAGAAAUAAAUGAGAAAAAUGCCCCUACAGUCAGUUCUCUGAACAGUAAAAUCAAACUGUAGUGGUUUAUUUUUUAAGUAUGUAUGAGUAUGAGAUCUCCUUUUGUAAAAUAAGUUUGACAGUCAUGAUUAUGUACAAUAAAGUACUUAUAUUUGUUCUGAUA